CGCCGCCCCGAGGGGUGACCAUGGCGCAGCCGCCGCCCGCAGCCCCCGGCCCGGCAGCCACGGAGCUGCUGGAUCCCUCGGAGCCGCUGGGAAUUGGGGCUUGAAUCCAGGAGCUAAAGGCCGGAUCCGCAGGGCCAACACUCGGCUGCUCCAUCCCGACCCGCGACCGCCGCUCCAUGCGGGAUGAGGAGCUGGGAUCCCAUCAUCCCCAUGCCCUCCCUGCCUUGAGCAGCCUCCUCCGCGGCGGCGCCGGGACUCCUGUGGGAUCAUUGCCUGGGCCAGGAUGCGCGGACGAUGAUGAUGGCCAGGAAGCAGGAUGUGCGCAUCCCCACCUACAACGUCAGCGUGGUGGGUUUAUCCGGCACGGAGAAGGAGAAGGGUCAAUGUGGCAUCGGCAAGUCCUGCCUCUGUAACCGGUUUGUCCGGCCCAGCGCCGACGACUUCCACCUGGACCACACCUCGGUGCUCAGCACCAGUGACUUCGGGGGCCGGGUGGUCAACAAUGACCAUUUCCUGUACUGGGGGGAGGUGGGGAGGGCGCUGGAGGAGUGUGGGGAGUGCCGGUUGCAUGUGGUGGAGCAGACGGAGUUCAUUGAUGACCAGACCUUCCAGCCCCACCGCAGCACAGCUCUGCAGCCCUACAUCAAGAGGGCUGCGGCCACCAAGCUGGCGUCGGCUGAGAAGCUCAUGUACUUCUGCACCGACCAGCUGGGCUUGGAGCAGGACUUUGAGCAGAAGCAGAUGCCUGAGGGCAAGCUGCUGGUCGAUGGGUUCCUGCUGUGUGUGGACGUCAGCAGGGGCAUGAACCGGAGCUUCGAUGAGCAGCUCAAGUUCGUCUCCAACCUCUACAACCAGGUGGCCAAGACCAAGAAGCCGGUUGUGGUUGUGCUCACCAAGUGUGAUGAGGGUGUCGAGCGCUACAUCCGCGAUGCUCACGCCUUUGCCUUGAGCAAGAAGAGCCUGCAGGUGGUGGAGACGUCCGCGCGCUCCAACGUCAAUGUGGACCUGGCAUUCAGCACCUUGGUGCAGCUCAUGGACAGGAGCAGGGGCAAGGCCAAGAUCAUCCCUUACUUCGAGGCCCUGAAGCAGCAGAGCCAGCAGAUCGCGGCCGCCAAGGACAAGUACGAGUGGUUGGUUGGGCGCAUUGUGAAGAGCCACAAUGAGACCUGGAGCAACGUGAGCUUCAAGAUGCAAUCCUCACCCGAGUACCAGGAUUACGUGUACCUGGAGGGGACCCCCAAGGCCAAGAAGCUGUUCCUGCAGCACGUGCAUCGCCUCAAGCAGGAGCACAUCGAGCGCCGGAGGAAGAUGUACCUGUCUGUGCUGCCACAGGCCUUCGAGGCCCUGAUCCCAGACCUGGAUGAGCUGGAUCACCUGAGCUGUGUCAAGGUGGAGAAGCUGCUGGAGACCAAGGCGGAUUUCCUCAAGUGGUUCGUGGUGCUGGAGGAGACUCCUUGGGAUGCCACGAGCCACAUUGACAACAUGGAGAACGAGCGGAUCCCAUUGGAUCUGAUGGAGACGCAGGCGGCCAAGCAGCUCUAUGAAGCUCACCUGGAGAAGCUGAGGAACGAGAGGAAAAGGGCAGAGAUGAGGAGAGCGUUCAAGGAGAACCUGGAGACCUCUCCCUUCAUCACCCCUGGUAAGCCCUGGGAGGAAGCUCGCAGCUUCAUCAUGAACGAGGACUUCUACCUGUGGCUGGAGGAGGCCGUUUACAUGGACAUCUAUGGCAAGCACCAGAAGCAGAUCAUUGACAGGGCCAAGGAGGACUUCCAGGAGCUGCUCCUGGAGUACUCGGAGCUGUUCUAUGAGCUGGAGCUGGAUGCCAAGCCCAGCAAGGAGAAGAUGGGAGUGAUCCAGGAGGUGCUGGGUGAGGAGCAGCGCUUCAAGGCACUGCAGAAGCUGCAGGCAGAGCGCGAUGCCCUCAUCCUCAAGCACAUCCACUUCGUCUACCACCCCACCAAGGAGACCUGUCCCAGCUGCCCCCAGUGUGUGGACUCCCGCAUGGAGCAGCUCCUGGGCUCCCGCGCCCCACGCAAGCCUCGGAACCCGGAGCCGGUGCUGGACCGGAUCAAUCUGGUCAUACUGGGUAAGGAUGGGCUGGCCCGUGAGCUGGCCAAUGAGAUCCGGGCGCUGUGCACCAAUGAUGACAAGUAUGUGCUGGAGGGUAAGAUGUACGAGCUGGCUCUGCGGCCCAUAGAGGGCAAUGUGCGGCUGCCCGUCAAUGCCUUCCAGACCCCCACAUUCCAGCCCCACGGAUGCCUCUGCCUGUACAACUCCAAGGAGUCCCUGUCCUACGUGGUGGAGAGCAUCGAGAAGAGCCGUGAGUCCACAUUGGGCAGGAGGGAUGCGCAUGGGGCACAUCUGCCCCUCACCCUCAUCCUGGUCAACAAGAGGGGGGACCCCAGUGGGGAGACCCUGCAGAGCCUCAUCCAGCAGGGCCAGCAGAUCGCCAGUAAGCUCCAGUGUGUGUUCCUGGACCCGGCUGCAGCCGGUAUCGGCUACGGCAGGAACAUCAACGAGAAGCACAUCAGCCAGGUCCUCAAGGGCCUCUUGGACUCCAAGCGCAACCUCAACCUCGUGGGCCCCACAGCUGGGAUCAAGGAGCUGGGGGACGUGGAUCUUCGCAUUGUUAUGUGCCUCAUGUGCGGUGAUCCCUUCAAUGCGGAUGAGCUCCUGGUUCCCAUCCUGCAUCCCCACGGCUCCAGGCCGGCUCCGUGCGGCAGCGGCAGCUCUGUGCUCCUGGAGCUGCCCAUCGGGCCCCAUAAGCGGCGCCUGGAGCUCUCCCUGCUCUCCUACCACUCGUCCUUCAGCAUCCGCAAGAGCCGCUUGGUCCACGGGUACAUCGUGUUCUAUGCGGCCAAGCGCAGAGCAUCCCUGGCCAUGCUCAGAGCCUUCCUGUGCGAGGUGCAGGACAUCAUCCCCAUCCAGCUCGUGGCUCUCACCGACGGCUCCGGUGACCUCCUGGACAACGACGUGAGCCGGGAGCAGGUCCUGGAAGGGGAGGAGAUCGCGCAGGAGAUCGAUGGCAAGUUCACCACCAUCCCCUGUGGGCAGCCCCAGCACAAGCUGGACACCUUCCAGGCCUUCUUCAAGGACGUGCUGGAGAGGAAGACCAUCAUCGAGGCCACUCACAUGUAUGACAACGCAGCCGAAGCCUGUAGCACCAGUGAGGACGUGUUCAACUCACCCCGAGCUGGGUCCCCCCUCUGCAAUUCCAACCUGCAGGACUCGGAGGAGGACACGGAGCCUCCUUCCUACAGCCCCUUCCGAGAGGACCUGGCCGUGGCCAAGGACCACUCCAAGCUGUCCAUGGAGCUGGAGGGCAACGAUGGCUUGUCCUUCAUCUCGGUCAUGAGCAGCUUCGAGAGCAAGCUCAACAACAAGGUCCCUCCUCCGGUCAAGCCGAAGCCCCCAGUGCACUUUGAGCUGAGCAAGGGGGACUUGUCCUACCUGGAGCAAGGGCACCGGGAUGGGCAGAGGAAGUCCAUGACCUCCGGGACCUGGUUGCCCUCGGAUUGCUUCGACCCUUCGGACUAUGCUGAGCCCAUGGAUGCUGUGGUGAAGCCGAGGAACGAAGAGGAGAACAUCUACUCUGUGCCCCACGACAGCACCCAAGGCAAGAUCAUCACCAUCCGCAACAUCAACAAGACCCAGUCCAAUGGCAGCGGCAAUGGGUCUGACAGUGAGAUGGACACCAGCUCCUUGGAGAGGGGACGGAAGGUGUCAGUGGUGGCCAAGCCGGUGCUGUACCGGAGCCGGUGCUCGCGCCUGGGCCGGUUCGCCAGCUACAGGACCAGCUUCAGUGUGGGCAGUGAUGAUGAGCUGGGCCCCAUAAGGAAGAAGGAGGAGGAGCAGAGUUCCCAAGGAUACAAGGGGGAUAAUGCUGUUAUUCCCUAUGAGACGGCUGAUGGAGAGGACCCGAGGAGGAGGAACAUCCUGAGGAGCUUGAGGAGGACGACGAAGAAGCCCAAGGCCAAGGCUCGUCCGUCGCUGCCCAAGAGCCCCUGGGAGAGCAGCUACUUUGGGGUCCCCCUGAGCAGUGUGGUCAGUGCUGACAGACCCAUCCCUGUGUUCAUCGAGCGCUGCAUCGAGUACAUCGAGGCCACCGGGCUCAGCACCGAAGGGAUCUACAGGGUGAGUGGGAACAAGUCGGAGAUGGAGAGUCUGCAGAGGCAGUUCGACCAGGACCAUGGCCUGGACCUGGCUGAGAAGGAUUUCACCGUCAACACCGUGGCCGGAGCCAUGAAAAGCUUCUUCUCGGAGCUUCCCGAGCCCCUGGUCCCGUAUUCCAUGCAGGUGGAGCUGGUGGAAGCCCACAAGAUCAAUGACCGGGAGCAGAAGCUUCAUGCGCUCAAGGAAGUGCUGAGGAAAUUCCCGAAGGAAAACUAUGAGGUCUUCAAAUAUGUCAUUGGGCACUUGAACAAGGUGAGCCACCAGCACCGCGUGAACCUGAUGACGAGCGAGAACCUGUCCAUCUGCUUCUGGCCCACGCUCAUGCGCCCUGACUUCAGCACCAUGGACGCGCUCACGGCCACGCGCUCCUACCAGACAAUCAUCGACCUCUUCAUCCAGCAGAGCCCCUUCUUCUUCUCCUCAUCCUCCUCAUCCUCAUCCCGGCCCAUCCCGGAGCCCCCCCUGCCCCCCCCCCCUCCCCACCCCCCCCCGGCAUCGCCGCCUCGGACGCCGCCGUCGCCGGUGCAGGUGCUGAUCCCCAGCCAGCUCCAUGCGGAGCCGCCGGCGCUGUGAGCGUCAGCACCUGACCCACAUCCUGCAUUGGAUCCUAUGGGAUGGGGAGCGCGGCCCCAUGGAUGUGAGCGCAGCCCCAUGGAUGUGAGCGUCAGCACCUGACCCACAUCCUGCAUUGGAUCCUAUGGGAUGGGGAGCGCGGCCCCAUGGAUGUGAGCGUCAGCACCUGACCCACAUCCUGCAUUGGAUCCUAUGGGAUGGGGAGCGCGGCCCCAUGGAUGUGAG